AUGUUCGCAUUUAAGUACCAAUCUCAAGAGUACGGUUAUAUCAAAAACGAACAUGAAUCUAUAAGUGCCGGUGACUAUUACGCCGACGACUUCAAGGCACCUUACAACAGAAAGCCAACUAUUAGUCACAUGGAAUUACAUACUACUCAGCGAGUCGAUCGACACAAGAGUCAAUUCGAAUUUCGAAGAGAGCAACCCACACAGGUAGCUUUGGCAACGUCUCUUGAGCGUCCUGAACACGAGCUGCAGCGCGGACCUUCUUCCGCCUCUGGUGUUGACCGGUAUCAGACGAGAGAUUUGCAGCAUGAUGGCGCUCACGAGCGUUUCAGCCGCAUGGAUACCAAGGAGCGGGAAGAUGUCGAUUUUGAAACACAAGCUCCGGAGCACCUACCAUUGUCUAGGCCACAAUCGCCAAGAGUGAUUGAAGCUGCUUGCCAGGAAACUACGAUGGAAAAUUUUCUAUCUGCUUGUGAAAUUUUCCACUCUCAGCGCCAACGUUAUAGGGCCGGGGAUACUAUCGUACCUAUAAACGACCCGGGUACUGAUUUAUAUUUUGUCAUACAAGGUUCUUGCUAUGUGUAUGAUCGAGGGGUAAAAAUCGAAGAACUCGGAGAACUUGAGUUCUUCGGUGAAUUGGGUAUGUUUCACAAUAUACCUAGCCCUUAUCAAUAUGUCGCUUCCGUGGAUGAUUGUCAAGUCCACCAGGUGACUAAAAAAGUUUUAGAAACCUUUCGUCGAGAGAGACAAUUCGCUGGUCUCCUCAGUAUCUUCCAAUCCAGCAGCGAACAACACAAGUUGGACCUUGCCAGGCGAGCAAUAGGUAAAAAUAGGCAUUGUGUGGAUUUGAAUAGAGAUGAGAAGUACAUUCCUCGAGAUGGAUAUCGGUAUGCUGAAAGGCAGCAAAAGCAUAGCAUGGAUCUUGCACUGGCCGAAUGCGUGGAGCGGCAGCGAGGAUUUGACCCUUGGGAAAGUGAGUCUCUUUAUGAACUAUGGGAUUUACAAGAUUCUCAGCGACAAAUAUUAUGCUCUCGAAGUAUGCGGAGCUCCUCUCUGGAAGAACAGAUAGAGCACAACACACAAAACGAUCGAGGAGCUCCGAGACUGAGAACAGUAUCACUAAAUAGCUACGACAGAAAGAGGCAGCACAGAGAUCGAAAUUCACACAUGGCGAAACACAAUGACCGAAAUGAUGGAUUGUCGUCUCGUAGCGAGAUUUGCAUACAGUCCGCGCGCAAUGGACAACGAAAGAGUGCAAGAUAUCACGCAAGGAAUGCCGACCUUCCUUUCCAGUACAACCAUUAUGCGAUUAUACCUUCGGCAAGCCCCAUGAGUGAAGAGUUCUCUAAGCAUUCGCGAGAUCCCACCAAUUACAUGGGUAAUACCAUACCUCGCCACUCGACGACUGACCACUUACAGUCUGGGAGUGGAUCUGAAAGGGGAGUCCCAAAAGGUAUUGGAGGUGUUGAUCGGAGCAGGUACAAUUUGAGUGGGCCAGCAUCGAGACCGUUGCCAUAUUCGAGAGCUUUCAACGAGGCUAAUAGUGACAAUAUCGACGGGAGCCAAAGAAAAAGCUUGGAAACGAUUAUCAAAACAAAGAUCGCGCAACAUCGCUUGUCUUACGCCGACGCUAUCCAAGCAGAGAUACUGUCUAUUACAUAG